UUUAAAGUUCGCAUAAAUAUUUCGGAAAUUAGAAUAGUGCACCAAGUACUUAUCUGUAUUUUUCCUCACGUGCCAUAAUAUCACUGAAAGUUAAGCAAAAUUAAUAUUUAUCGAAUAUGUAUCAAAAGUGCCAUUAUAUAGAGGGCUCAUUGGAAACUCAAUAUCUCCAUACCGGUGAUUUGUUUUUGGUUAGGCGACACGUGGGGCUAAAAGUGAGCAGCAAUAACAAGAUGGAUUUAUUUAUGGAAGUAGAUAAUAUCGUGUGCGCCGUUUGUGGGGAGCAUCGGUUUAAGGAGCUCGAAGGUUUUUAUUACUGCAUUGAAUGCGGCACCCAGAAAGAGCAGUUGCGCGCGGUGGAAGUUGGUGCCGAGGAUAACAACGACACAACAGUAAAAAACAAGCAUGUAUCAACGAGAAGACUGAAGUCCAAUCCAGCAACCGAAGAGAACGAAAUUACGUCAUGGGAAUUUUACAAUUACGUUCUACAUGGUUUUUUAGAUGAGUUGCUUAAUAUGGGUGCAAAGCCAGAUUUGAAGCUGAUGACACUUCAGAUUUGGGCUGCGUAUUUGGGCCGAAUGGAGGUGGCGUUUUGUAAAAACAAUGAAAUGGGUCUGCCUAAGCUCAACGUGCGUGCACUACCCAGAGAUGCACGCGUUAUCUACAAUCACAGGGCGAGUAAACGCAAGCGCGAACGCUUGAUUCAAAGAGAAGCGCCUCCCCAUAAUGAGAGGGCCAGCAGGCGAGAAUGGAGAAAAACAAAGCGCAAGCUAGAUGAAUCUGGAUAUACGACGACAGGUUCAGUGUCCGCUUCUACAACACACACAACGCAAAGCUUAAAGCUGCAAUGGUCACAAAAUGCGCGGAAAUCGUUAAAAAAAUUUCUACCACUAAAGCAUUUGGAGAAACAUAGUGCAGACAACGUAGGCUUGUUGCAUUGCCAUAGUCUACGACCCAAGGCUGCCAGGCUCAAUCUAUUUGAUCGGAACAUAUACUGUCUUAACAUCACUAAACUUUACACGGUCCUUGCUUUAGCGCUCAAUAUGGUUGGCGACCAUAUACAACUGAUCGAUCUACUGCGACUCAUAGACGAGGAGCAUUUAACUAGUCGCUAUGUGUUGGGCUAUUUACCUGAAAAUGUGGCGGCACAGGGAAAGGCACUGCUAAGCGAGUUAGAAUGGAGCCAUCAGGAUGACAAGGUCCGAUAUAAUUAUUUUCGAACAAAUAUUUCGCAAUUAUCGCGAUUUAUUGGUAUGAGCGGCUACCAAGUACCGGACUUAGAAGCUUUAGCUCAGCGCUAUGUCUUAGAGCUAAACCUGCCUCCAGCCUUAGCGAUCUACGUUAUUGAUCUUAUAAAUAUGCUGCCGCCCAGGUUUAUUAACGCGCGCUGGCCUCAUGUUUAUCCGCAGUACGAGGCGCGUGUUAUGGCCUACAUUAUAUAUGCACUGAAGCUGUUGUUUGGACUGGAUGAUGUGAAGGAGCGUGCGAUAUCCGAGUCAGCAGCUGAAAUAAAUAAGCAACUUUGCCAAUUGAACGCAACGGACACCAAGACCCCGUCAUUACUUUUUGUAUUCACAGAAUGGAUGGAAUUUGUGGAGCUGCGAAAGGCACUUGUGUCCCAUUAUAAUGAAAGUUUUGCGCGCCGCUUUGGUAUAGCUAUGAACCAAAGUCGCAAAGUUGACGAUUAUCUCAAAAAGGAGCGGAAGCAAAGAGAGCAGGAGUACAACUUCAAUGAAAUGCUGCUAACGCCGGCUAUGCAGCGGAAGCGAGAAAACCUUUGUCUCAUAUUUGAAACGAUGCUUAAGCAGCAUUUUGGCGAAUCAACCAGCAAUGGUCCUCUUAAGGAUCACAUUGAAUUCCAGCCCAGCUUGACUCCUGCCCAUAGUUACUUUAAGCGCUUGCUCCUUCAUGCUGCUCAAGCAAAGGAUAAUGCGUUGGGAGUAAACAUACCACCUUAUAUGCUUGUGGACCACUUAGAGCGCGACUUGGAUCCGUUCAAGAAGCAGACCGCUAAGGUGGAACAGUAUUUGAACAAGUUCGAUUGCCACCUACUCGUUCAAGAGCUUGACAGUCAUUCGAAACGCCAAGUUAUAGGACUUUUUCAACGCGUUGAAAGGCAGCGACCAAUGCAUGGCCAGCUUCAGGCAAAUUGUAUUAUCAAAACACAAACUUGGUUAGACGACCUGCAGCGUAAAAGAAAACACUCCGAUUUAAAAUUCCGUUUGCCCAACUCUAAUUAUGGCAGCCAAUAUCAGAAGAAACUCUUAGAGCGCGCACAACGGAGGCAAAUGCGAGAGUCAGCUAAUCCCUUUUGGGACAUAAAAGCUUCACCAAAGUUUUUAAUGCAGUUGCGACAGGAGCGAGUGCCACUGAAUGAUUUGCAUUCCAUUCAAAUAUUCAAUGAAUCGAACAUGGAGCCAUUGCGUGUUCCCUUAGCACACCCUCGUCGCUAUCUAAGUCAACAGUCUUCCAUACAAGUAACACCACAGAAGGAACCAAAACACAAGGACAACGCGCCCAGCGAGCAGCCGCAGGUAGAGCGGCAAUCCGAGCAAGAACUGACAUUGAAAAUAUCUAACUUUGAUUGCUGGCUGUUGCAUGGCUGCGUGGGAAAACUCUCGUAUAACAACAUGCGGGAGUUGACGACAAUGUUUCCCUGCUCUUUUCGUUGGCUUCUGGACACCUGUGCCGCCACAAUUGGUGUCAACCAGAACAUUUUGUAUGAGCAAUUGCUUGUGAUAGAGGUAAUGUUUCAUCAUGGGAUCGAAAAUUUGAGCUCCCAUGAUGAUCAUCUUCGUCUAAAAUACAACUGCAUGAACAAGGAUAUAAAUAUGUUGAUUAAAACGUAUAGAGAUAAAUGGUAGUUAGUUGAAAAAGUAUCGAAAAUGUGUAAAUUGUAAAAUAUACAAGUUUUUCCUUAUUGACA